AUGGCUCUCCUCCUGGUCCUUCUCUUUACCCUCUUUGCCUCCCCAUCCUUGGUCUUCUCUGCCUCCACGCCUCCCUUUACUCCCCAGGACAACUUCCUCAUCGACUGCGGCGCCACAAACAAGGCCACCCUACCUGAUGGCAGAGCCUUCAAAACCGAAGCAGAAUCGGGACAACUAUUGAAGGCAGAGGAUGACAAUAAAGCCUUUGUUGACAAAGCAGAUGUGCCUUCACCUCUGUAUUUGUCUGCAAGGAUUUUCAAGAGCGAUGCCACUUAUUCUUUCCACAUGGCUAGGCCUGGCUGGCAUUGGGUUCGCCUCCAUUUCUACCCGGUGACCAACUCGGUGUUCGAUCUUCAGAAGGCCACCUUCAAUGUCUUGACGGAUAAGUACACUCUGCUGCACAACUUCAAUAUCAAUCAGAACAAGAACAACGACACCAAGAACCAAGUUUUUCUCAAGGAGUACCUCUUGAACAUAACCAAUCAGCAAUUCUCCAUCAAGUUCUCUCCAAUGAAGAACUCCGCGGCGUUCAUCAAUGCGAUAGAGGUGGUUUCAGCUCCUGAUAAUCUGAUCACAGACACAGCUAACAACCUUCAGCCAACCACCCAGUUUCAAGGGAUGUCCAAAUUCGGGUAUGAAACAAUGUACAGGGUUAACAUGGGAGGACCUCUUAUUACGUCAGCAAACGACACAUUGGGAAGGUCAUGGUUGCCUGAUGAUGCAUACAUUAAGUCCAAAAACAUGGCCAAGGAGGUGUCGGUUGGGACUUCUACGGUCAAGUACCCCGAUGGAGUAACCCCGCAAAUCGCGCCACCAACUGUGUAUGCAACCACUGUGCAGAUGGCUGAUGCUGCUGUUAGCGGUCAGAACUUCAACAUAACAUGGAAUUUCCAGGCCACAAAUGCUUUCGGGUACCUAAUUCGGUUGCAUUUCUGUGACAUUGUGAGCAAGUCACUUGGCAACCUCUACUUCAAUGUGUACAUUAAUGGGAACAUGGCAAUAAGUGAUUUGGAUUUGUCACACACAGUCAACGGUUUGGCAAUUCCAUACUACAAGGACGUUGUGGUGAAUUCUUCCUUGAUAUCUGAUGGACUAUCUGUCCAGAUUGGUCCAUCCAGAAUGGACAAUAGCGCUCCCAACGCCAUUUUGAACGGUCUUGAGGUUAUGAAGAUGAGCAAUUCCGUGGACAGUUUGGAUGGCGAAUUCGGGGUUGAUGGAAAGAAAGAGGAAUCAGGUAGCAGUGGGGCUCGCAGAGGAGCAGUGGCUGCAGUUGGGUUUGGUUUGAUGUUCGGAGCCUUCGUGGGGCUUGGAGCAAUGGUUUACAAAUGGCGAAAGAGGCCUCAAGAUUGGCAAAAGAGGAACAGCUUCUCUUCUUGGCUACUCCCUGUCCAUGCCGGAGACAAUAGCUUCAUGUCAAGCAAGAACUCAAUAGGGUCUCACAAGAGCAACAUGUACAACUCGGCAUUAGGCCUUGGCCGGUACUUUACUUUCCAGGAGUUGCAGGAAGCUACCAACAACUUCGAUUCGAGUAAGAUCAUUGGUGUUGGUGGAUUCGGCAAUGUGUAUAUUGGUGUGAUUGAUGACGAGACUACUGUGGCGGUCAAGCGAGGAAACCCUCAAUCUGAACAAGGCAUUACAGAGUUCCAGACCGAGAUCCAGAUGUUGUCCAAGCUAAGGCACAGGCAUUUGGUGUCACUAAUUGGCUAUUGUGACGAAAACUCGGAGAUGAUAUUGGUUUACGAGUACAUGUCCAAUGGACCUUUCCGUGACCAUCUGUAUGGCAAGAACUUGGCGCCAUUGACAUGGAAGCAGAGACUAGAUAUCUGCAUUGGAGCAGCUCGUGGGCUACACUACCUUCACACAGGGACAGCACAAGGAAUCAUCCACCGCGACGUCAAGACCACAAACAUACUGCUUGAUGAUCAAUUCACUGCCAAGGUAGCUGAUUUUGGUCUGUCGAAAGACGCAACAAUGGGGCAGAACCAUGUCAGCACUGCAGUGAAAGGAAGCUUUGGGUACUUAGACCCUGAGUACUUCAGGAGGCAGCAAUUGACAGACAAGUCUGAUGUAUACUCAUUUGGGGUUGUUAUGCUUGAGGCACUUUGCGCUAGGCCUGCUAUCAACCCUGCACUUCCUAGAGAGCAAGUAAACUUGGCUGACUGGGGAAUGCAAUGGAAGAGGAAGGACCUACUUGAAAAGAUCAUUGAUCCUCUUCUCGCAGACUCCAUCAACCCUGAAUCCAUGAAGAAGUUUGCUGAGGCUGCUGAGAAGUGCUUGGCAGAACAUGGUGUGGACAGGCCUACAAUGGGAGAUGUGUUGUGGAACUUGGAGUAUGCUCUGCAGCUUCAAGAGGCAUUCACUCAAGGAAAGGCUGAUGAUGAUAGUACCAACAGCAUCGCACCGCCUUCCACUGAGGCAGUCGCCUCCCCUGCUCCUACUUCUGCUGUUGUGCCUCCUACUAUUGCUCCUACUACUGCCUCCAACUCUGCUAACCGCCCGGCUCCCAUCCCGGAAGGCGAUGAGGGUUCAGCUGAAGCUCACACCAUCAAUGACCAAUCCGGAACGGAUAUAUUUGCUCAAUUUUCAAAUCUCAAUGGUAGGUAA